AUGUACAAAUCUGCAGUGGCAGAAAUUGCAUGUGCCGGUACUAACAGCAUUAACAUAUCAGGCGUGGCAGAUAAUGAAAUUCUUAUAUCAAAAGAGGGUCCAUUAAAUGUGGAGAUAGCGACGACGUGGGGCACCAACAAGCGAAGGUUUUCAGUCCGGGAGCAGUCACAUCAAGCGAUCGAAGCACAUAAUAGAUUGUAA